AAACAUGAAAUAUCGCGUUAUUUACGAUUACGAGUUCUAGGAAGAGUAUUGAUUCCCGUCCAAGUGUUUGUUUAGUAAAGGUAUCAAUGAACUACCUUCAAGAUGGCAAAAGUGCGUAGGUAGCAAUUAGGAUGCUCCUUUUUCUUAGCUCAUAUUUGUUGAUAUUAAAUAUCUAUAUAGUAAUUUUUCUAUAUUUUAUUUCACAAUUCACAGUUAUCUAUACACCAUUGCUGUGUUUCAGGACUGUAAAGUUUUUUAUUACACUGUUACAAUGUCUGUAAAGCAUACUAUAAUAUUAUGUAGUUUUAAAGUAGUUACGCCAAACCUAUGUUAAUUGACCAACGAACUCAAAUAACCAUUUGACAUUGAACUACAAAGUGAGAUACAAUUUAAUUCAUUCUACGAUCAGUCAGUUGUAUGGAAGACUUCGUAUAAUAACGUUUAAAUAAUUGAUAUCUAUUCAACGUUUCAGUUUUUGGUAUUUGGAAUACCAGUUGGAUAUUUCAUUGACCUUAUAAAGCUUUUAUAGAAACAGUUUUUAUUUGGUAUCUCACAAGGUAUCCUACUGGAACCAGUGCAAUUCCAUUGUGUAGACGUUAAAAUGAGAUUGCAUAACUAUGUAUUUACUUUUACACUUAUAUUAGUGAGUGCAUUAUGUAGAGAUUUGAGUGAAGAUGAAAGAAGCACAAGAGCUGCAUUCAUACAGAAAUUAUUAAAUAAACAAAAACGGAUGGAGGGAAAAGUUAAGUUAUUGGGAGGAGAAAGUAACUUUGAAGGAAAUGUUUACAUCCACCACGCUGGACGUUGGGGAGCCGUAUGUGAUGAUUCUUGGGACAACGCAGCGGCCACAGUAGUGUGUCGCGCAUUUAAUAGAACUGGUGUAGCCACUCGUGGUGGACAAUAUGGAGAAGCUUUGGAAAAAUUCUGGAUGGACGACGUGGUCUGCGAAGGUACUGAGACAGCUUUAAACCACUGUAUUUUUUCUGGCUGGGGUUCAUCAGACUGCGACAAAAGCGAAGCAGCAGGAGUAAUAUGCUAUGAAGAGGAAAUUAGAGCAGAAGAAAUUCAAACGAGAUACUUGCAUGAAGUAGUUGAUAUAAGAGAUGCCAGCUUAAGACUGGUCGGAGGCAGGAACAGCUAUGAAGGAAGAGUGGAGGUAUAUUACAACAAUGUUUGGGGCAGCAUAUGCCCUGAUGGCUGGACGCUGUAUGAAGCAUCAGCUAUCUGCCACCACCUGGCCCUGGGUUAUGCUGAACAAGCUCUACAGACAGAUUACUUUGGCAGCUCUAGAAUUAUACUAAGCGGUGUGCAAUGUGAGGGAAAUGAAACAAAUUUGUUCUCUUGUAAGCAUCGAGAAUUUGGGAAUGUCAUGUGUCCCGGUGAGAAAGGACACGUAGCAGCAGUUAUAUGCAGUCACUAUUUAGCUGACUUACUACUUGAUACAAACGCAAUAGAAAGUUCUGCACAUUUGCAAGAUGCACCUAUGUUCCAACUCCAAUGUGCUAUGGAAGAAAACUGUUUGAGUAAAUCUGCUUAUGAGAUUCAAAAAACAAAUCCAAACUGGCAAUUUGAAACACGAAGACUGUUGCGGUUCACUGCCGCAUCUCUGAAUAUUGGCAAUGCUGAAUUCCGACCCUAUCUGCCCAAGCAUCUGUGGCAAUGGCAUCUAUGUCAUAUGCACUACCACAGUAUGGAAGUAUUCGCAACAUUCGAUGUCUUAGACAGCUUUGGUCAAAGAAUUGCUGAAGGACACAAAGCCUCCUUUUGUUUGGAAGAUAAUACAUGCCUGCCUGGUAUUGAGAAGAAGUAUUCCUGUUUAAAUUAUGGUGAUCAGGGUGUAUCCGUGAACUGUUCUGAUAUAUACCAGUACAAUAUCGACUGCCAAUGGGUGGAUGUGACAGAUGUCGAGCCAGGCGACUACACGUUUAAGGUAGCUGUUAACCCACACGCGCGCGUAGCAGAACAAAGCUUUCACAACAAUGCCGCCUCGUGUAUACUGCGGCUUACUGAGACGUACGCUGCAGUAUACGGCUGUAAAUUGGGGCGACCUUAGAGGAAUAUGCAAGCUAUAAUUAUAUUUUCUAAAAAGAAAUCAUAACUAUGCUCUUUAUUUUAUUACACAUAAAUGAUUUUACAUAAUAAAGGAGAAUAGACAAACACCUGCAUAA